GGAUGUUGAACCGUCUCCUGGUUAACCAGAGAUACAGAGAGCAAGUGAAUGAAUCAUUUUCAUUGGAAUGCACGGAAGACCUGGUGCCAUUUCUAAUGUGUCAAGAAAUUGUUUCACUCAUGCAAGUUAGUAUAAUGGAUUUUGGAUACUGGGAAUUGUCUUUCAAUAACGAGUUUGUGUAGGUCGUUUGCCAGCCGGUGGUUUGAUUCUUGUAAGAUUAUCAUGCAAUGCGAGUGUUUAGCAAUUGGGGUCAUAAAGUCGAUCCAAAAGUUAUACCUAGAGGUUCAGUUACCCAACGGUUCUCUGGGUAGAGUUAAUAUUUAUGAUGUGAGCGAUAAAUAUACAGAGUUAUUGAGGGUAACUGCAGAAACUGGUGUUAUACAGGAUGAUCUAGUAGAACUUUCGGAUAUGUUUACAGUUGGACAGAUUGUAAGGUGCUACAUAAAGGAGACUGUUAGCAGUCGUGGGGCUGGUGGUAUUAAGAGCUGUAUCAUUUCCUUAAAUCCAAAAAUGGUAAAUAAGGCUGUAAUAUGCAGGAAUAUUAAGCCGUAUAUGGUGUUUAUCGGAUCUGUCAUGAGUAUCGAAGAUCAUGGUUAUCUUUUGGACAGCGGUGUUCCCGGAAUUAGCUGCUUCCUGCCUACUGAUCAAGCUGCCGGUAAUCUAAUCAUCGGGAGUUUAGUUACCUUCACUCCCCAUGUAUCAGAUCCACUAAAUUUCAUGAGUACUGGUGUUGAUAGAGUAAUGAGAGUUACUACUCGCUUGGAUCCAAAACUUUCUGUGAUUAAAGCAGAUUCACAUAUUCAUUUUGAUUGCCUACUUCCUGGUACAUGCAUCACCGCAUCAGUCGUGAAAAAAGUCACAUCCACUUUGAUCGCGAAAUUCUCAGACUAUUUAAUUUCCAUCUCACGGACUCAUUACAUUGGGAACAAAGAAGACUAUCCGACGGGAACCAGUGUUACUGUUUGCAUAAUACUGGUUGAUCCUAGCUCAAAACAACUUACAGGCUCUUUGCUCCCCCAUCUAGUCAACCCAAUCUCUUCAAUUCUCAACGUUUCAGAAAUGUUCACAAAAUGUCCUGUUGGUAAACGUUUUUCAAGUGCAGUGGUAAUGCAAAUCACUAAGCGUGCAGUUCUCGUCAAGCUACCAAAAACAGAUGGAUUAAAAGCACUUAUAAGAAAGCCUAAAUCUGAGGAGAAAAAUGAUGAAACUUUUAAGUCACUGGUUGUUGGAUCAAAAAUGACAUGUCGUAUAACUGAUCAUGACUUUCUGGAGAAUGUGGCCAUAGCUACAGCGAACAAAAAGCUGUUAAAAUUACCCUUCCUGUCCCUUCAAGAAUUGGAACCUGGUACCAAAGUGUCUGCCUUCAUCAAACGUUACGCCAAAACUGGUAUUGUUGUUCAACUAGAAGGUCGUCUUCAUGGUUUAAUACCUUAUUUGCAUACAACUGAUGUGAAUCUUAAAGAUCAUAAAGAGAAGUUUAAAGCAGGUGAAAAAGUUUCCUGUCUGGUUCUUCAUGUUGAUAAAUUUGCCAAGAAAUUGCUUCUAACCGCAAAACCAGGUUUACUGAAUGCUGAGUGUAUAAUAUUUGGCAGUCAGAAAAUGUUCAUUGCACUGGAUGAUAAAGAUAACACCGAACGAGUUUUUGUCGGAUUUAUUGUGAAAGUUAGCGAGAAAGGUUUACUUGUCUCUGGUCUAGAUAAUAUUCGUGGGUGGAUACCUAAACGUGAAACUGGUUUAGGUGUUGGAGAUUCAUUACAGGCGAAUUUCUACCGUGGACAGGUAUUGAAGGUGAAAAUGAAACGGAAUUUGGAUGUACCAUCGUCUCAUUAUACUGCAGAUGAAAACCAGCAUAUUAGGUCAAAAUAUCUGCUAUCCCUAAAGUUCGAUUCCAAGAAAACCACAAAAGUAAACAAUUCUGCGCUUUUGGAAUCCAUAAAAAUUGGUCAGAUUUUUAAAGCAACUGUUGGACAAGUCUCUGACACCGCGUUAACUGUUGAUUUAUACAAUGUCGUAAACUGUCAAAGUUCUGUAAAGCCUAUACUGGGUUCAGGGUGUCUUUCUUACGAUCAAUUGUCUGAUUUUAUAUCAAAUCAAAUUAUUUUAACUCGAUAUGUAAAAACUAUGCAACAUGGUUCAACUCUUACUUGGAAUCGAUCGGAGGAUAGUGUUGUUGUUAUUGGUAAAGACAAACAAAACCUUAUCUUAUCUGCUAGACCAACAUUAAUCCAAGCCGCUAGAGAUUUGCAUGCACAUGGGAAUGAGGAUGCUGUUAAUAAGAUAGCGUCUGUUGGGAAGCCGAGUUUCCUGAGGUCAUUCGAGGAAUUACAGAUUGGAAGUCAUUGGUUUACCUGGGUAUCAGAACACAGAGACUAUGGAGUACUGGUUAGCUUUCCUUCCGGUAUUCGUGGAUUAGCGCCAAAGCAUCUUAUAUCUGAUUAUCCCCUCCCAUCUUAUGUCGAUUGGAAACAGUUGUUUCCAUUGGGUGCCACUGUUAUCGCCAAUAUUGUUGAAGUUGAUCAUGUGAAGCGUCGUUGUUUGAUAAGUUUGAAAAUGUUUGAUAUAUACAAUACUGAAGUACAUUAUGAAGGUUUAGCGAUACGUUCACUAAACUAUUGGUUAACAGAAAGGGAAUGGAUGUCAAAUAGGGACGAAUUGUUACGCUCAUUUCGUAUUGGCGAUGAAGUCAUUUUUAAAAUUGAGUUACUGGAGGAUUCUUUGAUUUCCGGUAUGGCAAGUAAACAACCAAAUAAAAAUGACUACAAACACGGCUUAUGGAUAAAAUCUAUAGCUUACAAAGCGAAUAUAUUAAAUACGGAGUGUGUAAUAUCCCAAACAUAUCCAGCUAUUGUAUGCUUUGUUGAUCAUCUAAAAUCACAACUAGAAGUUGUUUUAUCCCCAUGGCUGGUGAAUGGUGUUAUCAACCGAAAGGAAAAUGUUUCUAGUCAAUUAAAGGGUAAACAACAGGUAUCGUCUAUUGUACUUGCACGCUGUAAUUCAGAUAUGGUUGUUGUUGGAUUACGUGGACAUGCAUUGGGACUGUUGGGAGUAGUUCCAGCAAAACGUACAUUUAAUGAUAUCACUGGGGCAGAUGCUUGGAGUAUAGGUCAGAGAAAUAAAGUAACUUUUCGAGAGUCAUUCAAACAAGAUAACAGUCCAAUAAAAUUAAAUUUAUGCACUCUGAGUAUUUAUGACGCGAUUAAUGGAAAUCAGACUGAACAGUCAAAGAAAAAGGGGAAUACAAAAAAUCAAGGUAAUGGUAAGAACUUAAGUGUGGGUCUAAGUUCUUCAAAAAUACUCAAACUGGAACCUGAACAAUGCCUUACUGAUCUGUACUUUGUAAGCAUUUCUUCUCAGACAGCAUUUUUCGCAGUUGGUUCAGAUAAAGGUCCACAUGUAUUGUGUCAUUUAGUCAACUGGGAUACCAGCGUUAAAGCCAUCAAAGCAUUUUUAAACAAUCCUCCGGAAGUUGGUACAAAGAUUGAUCGAACUGCAACUGUUCUAUUCUCCAUGAUAGAAGAUAAACUUAUUUUAAAAAGCAAAUACAAAGGAUUUCGUUCCAAAAUUGCUGAAAUUUCCUUUCUGGAAAAGCGUAAAGUGUCCGUUGGAGAUUUGGUUUGUGCACAAUUAUCUCGCUCAAAGUCUGAUUAUUGGACAGUUUUCUUACCAGGAGGUAGUAGUGGACGAUUGCAUGUGACAGAUAUGAAUCAUUCAGAUGUAGAAGUUGAACCAUUGGAUUUAACUAAAAUACCGGAUCCCUCUACUUUAUCAUCAGCAAAAAUUUUCAAUAUUCAUGAUGAUUCUAACCAGAUCAAACCACACUACUUCAUUGCUUGUAGAAUUGUAGAUCAGAAAGAGAACAUUAGCAAAGAUGUCGGUGAUAAUAGUUGUGAAAAUUUGGAUGUUAGCCGUGAUAAUGAAGUUAUAUAUUUCGUUUCUAAUAAACUUCAGUUAAUACGAGAUAAUGGUGAAGCAGCUGUACAGCAAUCUAUUGAUAAGCUACCUGAAUUCAAUGUUCCAGCUGAUGGAUUUGUCAAAGUUGUUACAGCCUCUGGACUUAUAAUAUGUUUGUCCAGAACGACUGAUAUUUUAAUCCCUUUUCCUCAUGAGCUGGCAACCCGACUAAAAGACUGUGGAUUUCACUUCAAAGUUGGUGAUCACCUUCUUGUCUGCCCUAAAAGCAUCGUCAACGGAAAACUUGUUGGUGAGUUGGUGUGCAACAAUUCUGAUGGAUGUGAGCAUAUUAAAGAUGAUUUUGUGAAUAUACUCAUGGAAGACUUCCUUUAUAAACUGUUUAGUCAAAAAAAUGCAGUGCAAUCAACAAAACGCAAUGACUUGGUCAACGAACGGAAUCAGUUGUCAGUAAAUGACAACUUGGCUGAUUGUGAGUCUGAUUUAGCCGUUGUCACGACAGAAGAAGAGGAUAUACCGAGGAAGAGGAAAAGAAAGUGUUCUUUUACCGAAGAUCAAGGGAAAGAAUCACGUAAAAUAGUCAUCUGUGAAGAAUCAAUUCAAUCACUAAAGAAUAUAAAACUAACCAGCUCUGAUAAAACUGUUGUUCAAGAGAACAUUAAAAACACACCGAAAAGGAAGUACCUUCAUCUAGAAGUGAGCAAUCUGGAAAACACACACUCUUUGAAAAACAUGAAAACUGAGGAAAAGGUUUCUAGCCAAAACAAUCUUCUCUUACCACAGUCUUCAAAGGAGGAUAAUAUAUUUUCCGAAGGCUUGCUUAAACGAUAUCAAAAAUUUAUGUAUCCUGGAGAUUUAAAUGAAGCGGAAAAUGAAAUACAAACACCUGAUGAACCAGGGGAACAACUAAAUGUUAGAGUAAGCCAUAACAAAGAUAACCAGACUGCUAAGGAAUGGCACCUAAGGGAAAAUGAACUGCGCAAAGCUAUGCUUGCUACCUUGACAACUGAGCAGCAGCGUCUUCCUAAAGGAGAAUUACAUCCGAAGACAACUGAAGAAUUUGAAUUGGCUGUCCGUAAUAUGCCGUCGAAUGAAGCUUGUUGGGUGGCCUACAUGACACAUAUACUAUCCAGUAAGAUAGGCCAAGAAUCUAUUCGCAGUUUUCCCAACAAAAGAGUUAUCGAUGCCCGAGCUAUUGCAGAACGAGGACUUCGAGCAAUUUCGAAUUCUACCGGAAUAAAUCAACUUGUAAAACAAUCUCGUUUACUCACUUCAUAUUUGAUUAUGGAAGCUAAAGAGUUAGAACGUCUUACUUGUCUUCAGAAAGAACAACGAUAUCAUUUAUCCUCUUCUUUUGCACCAUCAAUGUCAGACUUGGUGAUAGAGAUUAAUCAUCAAUCAAAGCGUGUUUCUCAGUUGCUUACACAGUUACUUAACUUAGACCAAGCACCAUUUAUUCGACGAGCCAUUGAUACUCUUUCUGAUAUUGGUCAUCAUACGCGUGCCGAAGAAUUAGCUCGUCGUCAAAUUAAAUCUUGUCCAGGCGAUGUAGACCGUUGGCUUUCACUAGUUAGAGUACGUUUUCGAGCUGCAAAUGUAGAAGCUGCUAGAGAAGCACAACGAAAUGCAGCCUCACUAUUGAAAUCAUCGCUUCUUCCACAACUUGCUAUUGGUGUGGCCAGGAUAGAAUUCGAAUAUGGAGAUGUUGAUCGUGGUAUUCACCUAUUGCAAGAGCAAUUAAGUGUUCAUUCAAAACGUAAAACACUAUAUGAAGAAUGCAUAAAAUUAUUAUUAAUGAAUGAUAAAUUAAAAGAAGCCAGAUUAAUUCAACAACAAGCUGAGAAGAAUUUGAAGCCUUCACAAUAUACUUCCAUAAACGCGAUUUUUGAAGGGAAAGACAAACAUUGAAUAAAUUUAUUUUUAUCAGAUUUUAGGAGAUAGAGUAUUCUGUCUCAUUCCACUUCAGUAUAUACAGUUUUGUAUAAAAUUGAGAUGUUUCUAUCGCAGAAUAGAGAUUGUGUAAAUUAAAAGAACACUGUUACCGUUGUGUUUGGUUUAGAAUUGUUUAUACACCUGUUGAUAAUGCCUGUUUUGUCAUAAUUAAUUGGAGCGAAGAAGGCCUAAAGUUGUAAGGACCAAUUG